AUGGACCUUCCAGAGAUACUGAAAAAAAAGAUAAUUGAUGAUGUGUUCAGAUCGCACCAUGACGCAGAAUGGAGCCUACUGAUAUAUGACAGUCAUGCAGCAGCAAUUAUGAAGAACAUAUUUGUGAAGUCUGAGUUUAUUAAUCAUAGCAUUGUGAUUUCGCAAAGGAUUGAGGAGCAGAGAACACCUGUAGACUUUCCAGUAAUAUACUUUGUGAGAGGGGAGGAGGAUAUUGCAAAUGUGAUAAACAAGGACUUUGAGAGCAAGAUGUAUUCUUCAUUUGUGGUUUACACGUUGGAGAGGUGUGAAUGGUUGAAUCCUUUGAUAAAGACAAAGAUUGUGGACAUUGAUUUUGUUGCUGUUGAGCAGAGGGUUUUCAGGUGUACUCCGGAUCAGCUAUACUCAGUAGGCAAGACACUAAACUCGAUGUUUAAUGUGAGCUACAGUGGAUAUGUAUGCAAAAAGUCUGCAGAGAUAUUUGAUGAAGCAUCUCAGAAUGACUCGAGGAGAGGCGAGAUGAUUAUUCUUGACAGAAGCGUGGAUUUGUUUUCACCUUUUAUGCAUUUUUUCACAUUCAGAACGCUGCUUGAGGACCUGGAGGUUGAGGAGGUUGAUGUGUUUUCACAAGAGUACAUGAGAGACAGGAUCUGGGAGAGUGUAAGGGGUGUUCAUCUUGGAGAGGUCAAUGAGACACUGAGACACCAUGCACACCUUCUGUCGAAGAUAGCACAGAAGUUGGAUACAAAAGUGGACAGUAAGGAGUUGAUGAAAAUGGUUCUUGAUGCGCCAGCAGCAUCAAAGACAAAAGAGAGCUUGAGCAAGCUGAUCAGGAUGGCACAGAAGUGCUAUAACAAGUUUGAUUAUCUUUCGAAGUUUGUUGGGAUUGAGCAGCAGCUUUCCACGGGGUAUGAAAGCGAUGGAACCAAAUGGAAGAUGAAAGUUGAUGAGGUUUUUAAGUAUUUAUGCAAUAGAAGGAUUGAGAAGCCGGACAGGGUUAGGAUACUUAUACUUCUGAAAGCAAACGGAUACCGACUGCAGGAGAAUGAGAAGGAGAUGUUGAAGCAUGCAGGAUUCACUAGCAAGGAGAUUGAACUUGAGUUUAAGAAUCAGGAACUGUUUGUGCCACUGAAAGAGAAGAUUGACCAUAGAUACGAGGUUAGUCGGUACGAGCCAGUGCUUUCGAAUGUGCUAAGGAGCUUUAUUGAAAAGAAGCAGGGGCAUGUGGAUAUAACUUGCCUGACGCACUCCAGAGCACAUUUGAAGUCGUUACGCAAGAGCUAUCUUUUGUCAGUGAAGAAGGAUGUUCUACACAAGAAGGUGUAUUGUGUGUAUAUAAUUGGAGGGAUGACAUUUGAAGAGAUCCGAGUUGUUUAUGAGCUGAGUGAAAUCCUGGGAGUUGAGAUAAUUAUUGGGUCCGAUAAGAUCAUAGUUCCAAGGAGUUAUACUGAGGAUUUGACUAAAGAUUAG